AUGAGGAUUGUUAUCAUCGGAGGUGGAGCCGCUGGUUGUGCAUGUGCCUCUUUGUUGGCAAAAACAUUCAAAGGCCGCACCAGUGCAGAUAGAGGCGCAGCGGAGGUUUUACUGUUUGAAAAGAACGAAGUGCUGGGAGGGCAAGCAACCAGCAUUGACAUUGACGCUAAACAGUACGGCGCAAGCUUUCUCAACGACGGGGUUCAGGGAGGUUCUCCAGCAUUUAAGCACACGUUCCGACAAUUUCGCGCACUCGGACUUGAAGAAAAAGAAGUGGAGCUCAAGAUCUCAUUUGGACAUGGCCGCGAUGGAUUCUGGACGAACAUGUUUGAGACACCAUUGACUCGCACUCUCAAAACAGAUAUCAAACGCUUCGGGACACUUUUAACAUGGAUGAGAUUUAUCGAACCGAUUCUCGGACUACUUCCUAUAUGGAUAAUCAUGAAUCUGUUUCGCUUCUCAAAAGAUUUUGGCGCCCGUAUGGUUUAUCCGCUUAUGGCACUUUUUCUGGGAACAGACCCGCUCAUGAAGCUAUGGGAAUAUGACCCUAACCGACUUUUAGGCAGCGUACCCAAGAUGUAUGCAUUUCCAGAGCUACGAGAAUUUUACAGGAGGUGGAUGAGAGACCUAGAAGAGGACGACGUCCAGAUAUAUGUGAACUCUUCGGUCAGCCGAAUACGAUAUCAGACAAAUGGAAGAAUUGAAGUCGGUUACAUUCACAAUGACCAACAAUCGACCAUCACUGUUGACCAACUGGUUUUCGCCUGCGAGCCAUCUUCUAUUAUAGAAAUUCUUGGCGACCAAGCUUCCUGGAUGCAGCGAAAGAUUUUGGGGAAUGUUCCUUACUUUCACGACGUCUCAGUAACUCAUACUGAUGUCGACUACAUGCGUAAGUAUUACCAUCUUGACAGUGACAGCGUAGAAGACAUUGCCCCCGACAUGCCAAUGUCAUCGAAGUUUGACCCCAUGUACUUUAUUCAUCCCGUGGACGACCACCCUGGAAAAGUUGAGAUGAGCUUUGAUUGCACGCGCUAUCAACCCCAAUUCAACUCUCACACACCCGUGGAUCGACAUAUAUUCCAGACCAUCUUUCUUAAUAAAAGUGAACAGGAAUUAUGGACGAAAGAUGAAAUAAAUAAAGAUAAAAUUCUUUAUGAAAAGUGGUGGUGGCAACUGGGUCAUCGUUGGUCACACUAUGCGAGGACCGUUCUGUUCUUAGCUUCCAUCAAUGGAAGAAGAAACACCUAUUAUGCGGGGUCCUGGACCCUUGUGAAUAUGCAUGAAAUGGCCAUUGUCUCAGGAAUUGCAUGUGCAAUUCGAUUAGGUGCAGAAUACCCGCAAGAUCUUAAUGGAGAUCCUUCGGCGUCUAAACUUUUGCGACUCUAUAUGUUACUUGCACACUGGAGAUGGAAGUAA